GUGAGCAUGAUUUUCAGGCAGUUGGAGUAAAUUUGAGGUGACGAGUAGAAUAUUGACUUGAGGAAGUUGAUCGUGGAGAAGAUGGCGGAAACUGGGGUUUUGUUUGAAACUGUUUAGUGAGUCCGGUGGAGCUAAUAGUACAGAAGGUGAGAAUGAGUGGCGAAGAAAAGGGGAAACAAAAGAAGCAACGCUGUGGUGUAAAAUAGGACACUAGACUUUUUUGCUGUCAGAGUGAGGGAUUUGGAUCAAUGCUACUUGGGAAAUCCGUUUAACGUCUCAAGGAAAAUCUGUCAUGUGUAUUGGAAGGAAGUGUGGAGUCUGUGAGAGUGGUCGUAUUUCGAUUUUUUUUGUGUCUGCGGAGCAGAAGAAGCGUGCUUUAAGACUCAAAAAGAUAUAGGAGUGGAAUAUUUCCUGUAUGGAUUUUCGUAGCCAGGCGCAUAUCAAGGGAGUUAUUUCUGGGGUGGCUCAGGAAAAAGGCAGAGGAUAUUACUGAAGACAUCGAUGGAGUGGUUGGUGCACGUUGACUGACCUGUAUGGUGGAUGGAAAAAUGAAUUCACUUCAUCCAUGCUACUGUUCUUUGAUGAAGUCUCUCCCUUCUCAUAUAAAGUUAGGAUUAAUGAAAUACCCUGUAAGAGCUUUUGUGCACACGCCCCUUCAGUGUCAUACAUGUAAAAUAUUUGGUCAUGUGUAUAGAAGGGAAGAGUAUCUAUGCCAGAUGAAGUGAAAUGUUGCAACUGUAAAGGUGAUCAUGCCCCUGAAUUCCUGGAGUGCCCUGUUAGGGUGAAGGCGAAUGAGGUGGCGAGGCGGUAGGAAAGUCAACAUUCGCGCAACUGCUGCAGUUUGCUGGCCAAGACUGGGAAGUGGUUCCUGAGCCCGUGGGGAAGUGGCAGAGCAUCGAGAGUGGGUCUUCACAACAGAAGGUCAGUAACCUGUUGGAUAUGAUGUACCAGGACCCUCAGCGCUGGUCCUACACCUUUCAGACCAACUCCUGCAUGAGCCGCAUGCGCACCCAGCUGCAGCCACCACCAGCACACCUGUUCAGAGCAGAGGGCGUCCCUGUGCAGGUCUUUGAGCGCUCUGUGUACAGUGAUAGGUAUGUAUUUGCCCUGAACAUGUUUGAGCUGGGCUGCAUCAACUCUACUGAGUGGGCUGUCUACCAGGACUGGCAUUCCUUCCUGGUGGAACAGUUUGGCCGUCAGGUGGAACUGGAGGGCAUCAUUUACCUCCGAGCCCCCCCACAGAAGUGUAUGGAGCGUCUGGGACAAAGGGGGCGGGUGGAGGAGAAAGGAGUGCAGCUAGACUACCUGGAGAAACUACACACCCAGCAUGAGAGGUGGCUCAUAGACAAGAGCACUAAGCUGCACUUUGAGCAGUUGACCCGGGUGCCUGUAUUGGUGCUGGAUGCCAGUCUAGAGUUUGAGGAGGACCCUAAGGUGUGGGACAAAUUUAUCACACAGGUGAAGGAUUUCUUCAGUGGACUAUGAGGUACAGUCAGUUGUGCGGCUAUGAACUCGAUGGGAUCAAGAUAUCUGCAACCAUUUGGACCUCAGUCAGUUUUUGGCAUUUACAAAUGUAAACUUGCAACUGUUCUGUCUGAUUUAUCCCCCACAUCCUUUCACUAUAUCCUCACUUAUUUUGGGGUAUGUCAAACUUCCAAUUGUGGGGUUUCCGUUGGCUAAUUACAGAUUUCAGUAUGCAGUUUGUGAAUAUAGAAUCAGAUCUAUAUUGGACCAUAUUCAACAUAAAUAAAGAAGCAGAUUUUGGAUUGUUAUCUGGGAACUGUAAAAAAAUAAAUAGGCCACAAUCUGAUGCAAAAUUGGCUGGUGUUAUGGGAAUUCUAACCAAUCAGGAGAGACUUUCUUCAUACAAUCAUACUUUAAUAUCAAUGAAUUAUUGCAAUUAUGGAGCUGGUCAAUGUUAAGGUCUUAGUGGGCCUAAAAAUGGUUCCACCCCUCCCCAGCAGAUCACCUUGUUUUCUUCUUGUGGCUAUGUGUAUCGGGAUAGCGCACAAACAAGUAAUGUUAGUUCCGUUACUCCUCUGUUCAAACCAGACUCUGUUCACCUCAUAUCUCCACACAGCUGUGCCCUUGAAAGAUAUGAGAAGAACGGGUUGGACUGAGACACUGGUCUCUCUCAGGAGGCAGAGUGGAAAAAUACCUUCAAACAGACAGUGGAAAUGUAAAGGUUUAAGGCUCAUACAGCACAUGUGCAUAAAAGUUUAGCAUUAAGAACUAUUAAAGUAAUUCUUCAUCACAUUGUCUCUGCUACUGUAUACAAGAUUAAAGCGCUUAUACAGGAUUUUUCCCCUUACACUGGUCAAGUAGUCUGUUACAGAUGUUGUUUCUCCUCUAUAUUGGUUGACUUCAAUGUUACUUUGGGUAUUUACUUAUUCCUGUAUUUAUGGUGUCAGCAUUGCAUCCUAUUUGAGCUGCUUUGACAUGUAAUUCAGAAUACCACAUCAAUACAUAUUUUGUAGCCAAAUCUGAUAAAAGGUUAAUAAAUUGAAUUAAAGUUG